AUGCUUGCGUGCGCAAUUCCGAAUGUCGGCAACCCUGUCACAGCCGCUGCGCGAUACACGAACUACGGCUGCUGGUGCGGAGUGGGCGGGAGCGGCGCACCCGUCGACGCUAUCGACCGUUGCUGUCAAGUGCAUGACGGAUGCUACGAUGCGACACGCGGGGCUGGUUGCGACGGCCUGAAGUUUCUUCCGUACAACUGGCAGUGCAAGGCAGGAGGAAGGACGUCAUGUGGCCAGUUUUACGAAUCAGCGUGGGAUCGCCUGCUCAAUGGAGGCAACAGUCGCUGUUCGCUCAUGCUGUGCGACUGCGAUAAGAUGGUCACGGAGUGUUUCCUGCUGCACAACAGUGCCUACAACGCGUCGCACAUCCAGUGGUUUGACCGAGGCCACUGCCAGCCUUAA